GCGAGAAGAGAGAGCAGCGGGCGCAUUAGACGCACGCAGAUUGGGGAGCUGUCUGCUCUGGUUCAAACAGCGGGUCGCGAACGUUUCAGGCCGCGUGAUGGGACGUCGUCUUAGCCUGGAAAACGUGAUUCUUCCCCGUUUUACUUUCCUGGGAUUUUGUUUAGAAUGAAUUGAAGCAAAAAGAUUAAAGAUGGAAUUAAAUCAGAGUUGAAGCAGAAAGGAGGAGGAGGAGCCAGGCGGAGGGAGGAGCUGUCGUCAUGGCGACGGUCUGCACGGAGCGGUCCUCGUACCCAGGUCCGGAAGGGGGGGACCACAGCAGCAGAUCAAGAGAAGAUGGAGGUCAACCCGCCUUCCCAAAAACCAGGUCGGCAUCCAGAAUCUUCCGGCUGGUGCACUACGCGCUGAGUUGGGGGCCCGGGCCCCGGGACGGCAGUGUGGCCCCCGCCGACUGCACCGCGGGGAGCCACUCGGCGUUUCGGACAACCUGGAGGGCCGAGAGCGCCGCGUCACCCAGGAACGCCAACUGGAAAGCCGACCGGAGGGAGGCCGCUCAGUGGCCCCUGGCAGCGAUGAACCUGAACAACUGCAACAACAAGGAUGAGAAAAAAGACGAGAAAAAAGAAGAGAAGAAGGAUGAGAAGAAGGAUGAGAAGAAGAAGGAGGAGCCUCCGAAAGAGGUGUGGGUGAUGGACCCCCAGACGGACACAUACUACAACUGGCUGGUGACCAUGUCCUUCCCUGUGUUCUACAACCUCAUGAUGCUGGUCGCCAGGUCUUGUUUUAACGAACUACAGAUCAAGAACGUGACGAUGUGGCUGGUGUUUGACUACAGCUCGGACCUCCUCUACUGGGUCGACACCUUCGUGAGGUCCAGGACAGGAUUCCUGGAGCAGGGGCUGCUGGUGCGCGAUUCCAAGAUUCUGAAGGACAACUACAUGAAGACGCGUCAGUUCAAACUGGACGUCAUCUCCAUGCUGCCCACCGACUUCAUCUUCCUGCUGAUCGGCAUCGACAACCCAGAGUGGCGCUUCAACCGCCUGCUCAAGCUCGGGCGGCUCUUCGAGUUCUUCGACCGCACCGAGACGCGCACCAACUUCCCCAACAUCUUCCGCAUCGGGAACCUCGUCCUCUACAUCAUCAUCAUCAUCCACUGGAACGCCUGUCUCUACUUUGCCAUCUCCAAGACGCUGGGCUUCGGCUCGGACACCUGGGUGUACCCAGACAUCAAACACCCGGAGUUCGGCCAGCUGUCGCGUCAGUACGUCUACUGCCUCUACUGGUCGACGCUCACCCUGACCACCAUUGGCGAGACGCCGCCGCCUGUGCAGGACAUCGAGUACCUCUUUGUGGUGGUGGACUUCCUCACGGGUGUGCUGAUCUUCGCCACCAUCGUGGGGAACGUGGGCGCCAUGAUCUCCAACAUGAACGCGGCACGCGCAGACUUCCAGGCCAAGAUCGACUCCAUCAAACAGUACAUGGAGUUCCGCAAGGUGACCAAGGACCUGGAGAUCCGCGUGGUCAAGUGGUUCGACUACCUGUGGACCGAGGAGAAGACGUGCGACGAGAAGCAGGUGCUCAAAAACCUUCCAGACAAGCUGAAGGCGGAGAUCGCUAUUAAUGUGCACCUGGAGACCCUGCGGAAGGUGCGCAUCUUCCAGGACUGCGAGGCCGGGCUGCUGGUGGAGCUGGUGCUGAAACUGCAGCCGCAGGUGUUCAGCCCUGGCGACUACGUCUGCAAGAAGGGCGACAUCGGCCGCGAGAUGUACAUCAUUAAGGCGGGAAAGCUGGCGGUUGUCGCAGACGAUGGGGUCACGCAGUUUGUUGUCCUGGGCGACGGCGCCUACUUCGGGGAGAUCAGCAUCCUGGGGAUCAAGGGGAGCAAGGCGGGAAACCGGCGGACGGCCAACAUCCGCAGCGUGGGGUACUCAGACCUCUUCGCACUGUCGAAGGACGACCUCAUGGAGGCGCUGACGGAGUACCCCGACGCCAAGGGGAUCCUGGAGGAGAAGGGGCGGGCCAUCCUGAUGAAGGACAACCUGAUCGACGAGUCGCUGUUGGCGGUGCCGGACGCCAAGGAGCUGGAGGGGAAGGUGAGCCGAUUCGAGGCCAACCUGGAGAUCAUGAACGUUAAGUUCCGGAAGAUGGCGGCGCACCAUGAGUCAUACGAGCGCAAGCUGAAGCAGCGACUGGCCAACAUGGAGAACCAGGUCAGGACCCUGAGGCCUAACGAAUAGGAGGAGGAGGAGCAGGAGGACAACAUGGAGAACCAGGUCAGGACCCUGAGGCCGAAUGAAUAGAGGGAGCAGGAGGAAGAGGAGUAGGACACAAGGCCCAAUGAGUAGGAGGAGGAGGGGUAGGAGGCCAACAUGGAGAACCAUGGUCAGAAAGCUGAGGCCCAACAAAUAGGUAGAGGAGCAGGAGUAGAAGGAGGACUAUGACACGAGGCCCGAUGAGUAGGAGGAGGAGGAGGGAGCAAGAGGAUGAAGACAACAUGGAGACACUAGGUCAGCACGCUGAGGCCGAACAAGUAGGAGGAGGAAGAGGAGGACGACGCCAGUGACAAGGGUCGUCUGGAGGUUCAGAUGUGCCGGGAACCGGGGACUGGGUCGGAUUUGACCGCCUCUGUUAGACAGGGACCCCAGUAGAAACAUGUGUUCAUGGCGAGUGCUAGCUAAAAUACUAGCUAACACACAGCUAACAGCAGCUAACAAGCUAGCUACAACCUAAUGAUUUAGAUGUUAUCCCUCUUGCAUCCUUGAUAGGAUGCCCUGCAAUGGUAACGGGACACAUGGGCGUGGUGUUGCAAGAACCGAGGAGUUACAUGUUUUUUGUUGUUCUUUUCACACUACCCCAGCUAACAUAGUAGCUAACACACUAGCUAACUAUGAACAAUGUAGAAGUUCAGGGGUUCGACUUCGGGAAAGGCCAAGCCAUGGAUCUUUUCUUCACUGUUUUCUCAUUUAUUAAUCCAUGUGAAUAAUACUCUGUACUAUACAUUAUUAGUUGCAGCUUGAUGCAUCUUAUCUGAUUCCUUCCUGUAUGCGCUUGCUAACCACAUUCAUAUAAAGAUGUGACUUGGAUGAGAAAACACUACCUGUGUAAGAAACCCAAUUGUUUUGUUUGUGAUUACGAUGCAGAAAACACACUGAGAAACUUCAAUUUCCAAGUCCAUAAAUGUUCCUGUUUUUAAAAAUAAAUGUUCCAAACCAAUGUUUAA